AUAUUAAGCCAAAAUGACGACAACGGAUGCAUACAACCUCAAGACGGCAGCCCAAUAUGUCAAUAACCUCCUCCUUGCGCGAGGACUACUCCGCAAUGGCAAACCCAUCGAGUUUGCUCGUCCAUCCAAAGGAGAGGGCGGAGCCGAUGCGACGAUGGCGCAGAUUAUUAACCUUGUGCAUGAUUUGAUUCUAAGACGAGAUCGCGAACAAACCCAACGCGAACGUAUUGCCUCCACCCUCCAGAAUCUCCGCACCGAAACCUCCGACCAGACACACACGAUAUCCCGACUUGAAACACGCGUGGACGAUCUCUCGCGACAGCUUUCCCUGGCAAAUGCACAAGAACGCUCCGCCCGUGCUGCGCUCCGUACAGCCGAAAAUGCGAUGAGGAGUAUGAAGGAGGAGAUGGUGCGAUUGAAGACGACGGUGGUUCAAGUACGGACUGCAUGUGCCAACGAUGUCAGGAAGAGAGAUGUUCAAAUCAAUCGGUUAAAGGGUCAUCUCACUACACAUCAGCGUGGAGCAAACCGUGGGGGUUUGGCUGCUGGGAGCAUUACGAUUACUCCUGGAGCCGUCGUCCCAGGAGUUCCUACUACUGGAUCUGCGAAUAUGAAUGGACGAUACGAGGAUGGAGACGUCGCCGGAGCAGAAACCGAUGAUAUGUACAGCUUGAAGCAAGAAACUACCGAGUUCUUGACAUCGCUCUCGCAGAGCCUGGCGGAUGAGAACGACAAUCUCAUUUCGCUGGUCCGGAGCACAGUUGCGACUUUGCGCGAGCUACAAGGCCUUCCUGAAUCGACCCCGCUGAAUGCUGAAACUGGACAUGGUGCUGAAGAGGGACAAGAGCCAGGAGGUAUCGACGGCAUGCUUCAGACCCUCCCAACAUCGUACGAAUCGCUCGCUGCUGACGCCGACAUCGUUCUCGAGAACUUGCGAGAUCUACUCACGAACCCCAACUUCGUGCCGGUCGAAGAAGUUGCCGUACGGGAAGACCAGAUACUAAAGCUGAGGGAGGGAUGGGAGAAGAUGGAGUCGAGGUGGAAGGACGCCAUCGCGCUUAUGGAAGGGUGGAGGAAGCGGAUAACGGAAGGCGGAGAUACCAUCAAUUUGGAGGAAAUUAAGAUGGGACUUGGGCUGGGCAUGGGUCUUACAAAUGCGGUCAGCGCUGCGGUCAGCAAGGCAGAGAUCGUUGGGGAGAUGGACAGCGAUGAAGAGGAUGAGCAAUCCGAGGACGAGGAACUGGUUGAUGAUCAUGCGCACGCCAUCCUUGAAGCGGAGAUCGAACAACUGGAGACAUCAAAAAACCGAUCGGAGUCACGAACUGCACAUUUAGACUUUGACCGGAUCGAGACGCUGAUGCCGUUGAGAGAUUCAGCCGGAAACAUCAAGUCUCCGCGAAAGAGUGUCGGCUUCGCCUCGAACAGCAGCUCGUCGAACGUGACACGCGCCACCGACGAGAAUGAAUCGGAGUUGGAACUGGAGCUGGAGCUGCUUGGGCAGGUUGAAGGGAGAGGCUCCAAGCAGGAUGUUUCCUCAUCUGAAAAACCGGUCUCGAAAACCUCGGAAUCGAGGAUACCACGCAAGACGCAUACUCGCGGCUUUUCUCCCACACGACCCCAGAAAGAGCGAUAUCCCAAGCUAACCAUCGAGGAGAAGCUCAGCGUUGCUCAAGCGGAGGCGGAAGCGGCAGCUGCCACGCAAACGAAGACGGAAUCGGUGGGCACGCUAUCGACGGGGGAGACGAAGCUGCAGAACCGACGAAAGAGCGUCAUCCCCACUCGAAUUGGAGGGCGACCAAGGAGGAGGAAAAGCACAUUGAGCCCGGAGGAACUGGAAAGUUUAAUGGUUUCGAAUUGAAUCACUAGCUAGAGCUAAUGCGCUGAGCGCUGAGCGCUGAGAAUAUGGACACGGAAGAAUUAAAGGCGUCUGUUGACGCCG